GGAGAUGUGCGUCGUGGUCCGUCAUACCUGGAAGCUUUAAAUAACAGAGGAGCAGCCGUCCUUCCUCUUGGCUUGAUCUUGGUCUUUGUAUUCAUGCAAUCAAUCAAUACCAAUUGAAAAUCCUUCAAUUUCGAACAAACCAAACCCGUCGCAGCAACAACACAUAUCUGCAUUUGUAUUUUGAGAAACAGAAGUCCUGCAACAAAUUACAUGAAGCUGCAGAAACGAUAGCCCAAAACGCCAACAAGACAGAUAGUCAUCACACGAGCGAAAUAUCCAUCAAAAUAAAUAUGGCCUCACCACAGACACAAACCCACCACAGCCCAUCUCCCACCUCUCCAACUUCUCCAAUGGGCCUCUCGCACGAUGAUCCCUUCGCCGCGCAACGCAAAGAUCCCAUAAACAACAGCCCAUUCGCCUCCAAACCGCAAGGCACAAGUCCAAUGGACAUUCCCACGCCCAGCUCUCCAAAUGCGACAAACACGCAUUCCGGAUCACCAAGUCAAGAUCGAAGAUUAAGUUCUGAUGAAUGGGACGCUUCAAAAACACCCCCUUCUCGUUUCCAAAAACGGAAAGGUUCAAUCUACGCAACACCAAGUUCUCGCGAUGGUCAUGUUGAUAAACAUAUUGAUCGUGAUGCCGUUUUCCAUGCAACACAUGCGGAGAAAGGAUACAUGGGAAUCUUCGGUCUAGGCGGGAAUCGUAAUAAGGAGGGAGGAAAUCAGGGUGGAAGGAGAGUUAGUAAAAGUGAAUGACUGGAUAGGGGAGGAUGAGACUGUGGAGUUGGAAAGAGAGCAAGGGAGUUUCACCAAAGAAGAAAAUUGAUUUGACAAAUGAAUACCUAGUGCUGAUGAAUUAUGUAAGAAGGAACCCAAUGAAAUAUUUGUAUAAGGAGAGAUAUGAGGAAAAGUUUGGAAAAUACAAUUUCCAUCAUUUAGCGAAGCAAUCUUUAAUAUUUCCACCGCCUGUACCUAUGAUACCA